UAUCCAUCUGACGAAAUCUUUAUUUUUCAUAUAUGACUCACACACUAAAUGGAUCAACAUCUUUUCUAUUGUUGUUGUUUGUUAUCAUUGUUGUUCCAUAGACUCCCAUCGUCAAAAAUUGGGCCAUCAUCAUCAAUUUAUUUCGUCGUAAAUUCAUGUUACGUUUUUUAUGAAAAUGAAUAAUCAAAACUCUGAUGAUGAUAUAAUAAAAAUGGCCAUCGGUGAUGAGAAUGGCAAUGAUAAAAAUAAUGAUGAACGUUCUAGUCAUUUAAUAGGAACAUCUUUGAUAUCAACAUCGAUACCAUUACUUGGACCAUCUACAGUGGAUUCCAUGAAUUCAUCGAUAUCAACACGUAUGACCCGAUAUAAAAGUACUUUGAUAGAUUGUCUUGGUGAUGCUGGUUCAUAUUCAUUAUGUGGUCUUUGUACAUUGUUGUUUAAUAAAUAUUUUCCUGAAUCUUGUCAUCGGCCAUUUAUUGAAAAAUCCGUCAAAGAUCUGGUCACUUAUCUUAAUUUACCAACAAAAGUUGGUGCAUCAAUGAUAGCCAUGAUCGAUGGUGAAGGUGGUGCCGAUUUAAAUUCAUUCAUCAAAUUAAUAUACAAAGAAAUGGAUAAAAAAGCAAUGAAAUCUACACAGAUUGUUGAAGAUAUGGUCGUAUUUGCUGUUAAAGAUGGCAAUUAUGAUGCUCGGAUGCGUGUAGUAUUAAUUAAAUUGGCCAAUUUCCUCGGUAGUUCAUUGGAAUAUCUUGAAUUAAGUGAAUUAUCAUUGGUCGAAAUGUUAUCGACGGCCGAAGUAAAAAACAACAAUGAUGACGAUGAUGAUCAACGACAGCGGCGAAGAAAUCAAACGAAAAAAAUUAAACGAUAUGCACUAAUAGCAUUGGCCAGUAUUGGUGGUGGUGCCAUUCUAGGUCUUACUGGUGGUCUUACUGCACCGUUACUUGCAGCUGGAGCAACGGCAUUGACCAGUGGUGCAGCCAUUCUAGGAACACCAGCCGGUGUUGCUGUCAUUGGAUCAUUAUUCGGUGUAGCCGGGGCUGGACUUGCUGGUUAUAAAAUGAAUAAACGCGUCGGCAAUAUUGAAGAAUUUUCAUUCGAAAAUCUUUCCGAUAAUCGAAGCUUAACGCUAACGAUAGCCAUAUCCGGUUGGAUAACGGAAGAAUCGACUGAUGCUUAUAGUAAACAUUGGAGAUCAUUAGCACUUAGUCAAGAACAAUAUUCUUUAAGAUAUGAAUCUUGUUAUCUAUUGGAAUUGGGUAGAGCAUUGGAUUAUUUUUUAGGGUUUGCCAUUUCGAUGGCAGCUCAAGAAGCUUUAAAAUAUACUCUUCUUAGCGGUAUUAUGGCAGCUAUAGCUUGGCCAGCAACAUUAUUAACUAUUUCAAGUGUAAUCGAUAAUCCAUGGGGUGUGUGUAUAAGUCGAUCGGCUGAAGUUGGUAAAUUUCUUGCCGAAGUUCUAUUAUCUCGGCAACAAGGUCAACGGCCAGUUUCAUUGAUUGGAUUCAGUUUGGGUGCAAGGGUUAUAUUUUUCUGUCUUGAAGAACUAGCACAACGUAAAAAUUCCGAAGGUAUUAUUGAAGAUGUCAUUCUACUUGGUGCACCUGUAUCAGCCGUUCCAGAACGUUGGGAACGAUUUAUGUCUAUCAUAAGCGGUAAAAUUAUCAAUGGUUUUUGUCGUGAUGAUUGGCUGUUGAAAUUUUUAUAUCGAACAUCGACCGCCACGAUGAGGAUUGCCGGCCUACAAGAAGUUAAUUUGAAAAAUAAAAAACUUGAAAAUCAUGAUCUAACAGAUUUGAUAAAAGGCCAUAUGGAUUAUUGUAAGAAAAUUGAUGCAGUCUUGGAGAAAAUUGGCAUUCGAAUCUAUAAAAAUGAUGAUGAUGAAAAUGAUUCAAAAAUGGAUAUGGACACCGAACUGGAAUCAUCUUCCGAAAAUGAUAUCAAAUCUAAUGCUGAUUAAUUACGAUCUAUUAUUGUUGCCUAUCUAUAUUUGUUACAUUAAUUUUUCUAUUUGUUAAUUUUUUAAAAUUUAAUUUAUUAAA